UUGGGGGGGGCUGCAGAGGGGCGUGUUACAGACCAAAUUCCUCAGCUUCUCUGGGAGUUAUGCAUUCAGGGGGGGAGCCACCCCUCCUCCUCCCCAGCACCUCUGCAGCAGCAGCAUCAGCAGCAGCAGGAACAAUAACCUGCGAGCAGAGGAGCCGCCGCAGUGUGCAGCCCCCUCUCUCCGCUCCUUUGUUCGUGGGGGGAGCAGCAGCAUGUCCCCCCCGCAGCUGUCCUCGGCCCGCAGGCAGUCCUGCUACCUGUGCGACCUGCCGCGCAUGCCCUGGGCCAUGAUCUGGGACUUCACCGAGCCCGUGUGCCGCGGCUGCGUCAACUACGAGGGAGCGGACCGGGUGGACUUCGUGAUCGAGACGGCGCGGCACCUGAAGCGGGCUCACGGCUUCCAGGAGGGAAGGAGGGAGGGCCGGUCCCCGGCGGGGGGCUCCCCGCAGCCCCAGCACCAGCACCAGCAGCCCGGGAAGAGCCCCGCGCUGCUGGCCGGGAAGGAGCCGCCGGCGGCGGACGGGGCUGGCAAAUCCGGCGGGGACCGGUACUCGUUUGCAGCUGACAGCCGGGCUCGCUUCGACUACCCGGGGGUGAGCUGCAGCAGCAGGUUCGACGGCCCGCCGGAGCUGAACCCGCAGAGCCCCAACUCCCGCAGCAGGUGCAGCAACGGCGGGCAGCUGCCCCCGAACCUGCUGCCCCACCGAGCCCCCCAGGCCCCCGAGAAGCGGCCCGGGUCCGGCUCGUCCAGCUCGGAGCCGGAGCGGGACAAGCAGCGCAACGCGGAGGCGCUGGCCGAGCUGGCCGACAGCCUGCGGGGCCGCCAGGAGGACUGGGCCGGCCGGCCCAAGCCGGUGCGGGACCUGCUGCUCGCCCUGGCCGCCUGCACGCCCUUCCAGGUCCGCUUCAAGAAGGACCACGGCCUGCUGGGCCGCGUGGUGGCCUUCGACGCCGCGGCCAAGCCGGGCUCGGAGCACGAGCUGCGGGUGUUCAUCGAGUACCCGAGCGGCUCCGGCUGCGUGUUCUCCAGCGCGUCGGCGGCGGCGCGGCAGAUGUACCAGGACUGCAUGAAGGAGCUGGGCCGGGACCUGGGCCGGGGGCUGUCCUCCGGGUUCAAGUACCUGGAGUACGAGAAGAAGCCCGGCUCCGGGGACUGGCGGCUGCUGGGGGACCUGCUGCCGGAGCCGCUGCGCUUCUUCAAGGAGGUCCCGGGGGAGGACAUGCUGCCCCCGGCCCACGUGGAGGGGAGCUGCCCGCUGCUGCCCUCCUCCCUGGUGCUGCCCGGCACCGGCCGGGCCGCGGGCAGCUCCAGGGCCGGGGGCAGGAAGAGGAAGGCGUCCCCAGAGCCGGACUCCGUGGAGGGGGCCCUGAAGCUGCUGGACGAGCAGCAGAGACAGCAGUGGAUCAGCAGCCAGACCGAGGCCCUCAAGCUCUCCAUGGCCGGGGGCUCCUUCAGCGGGCCGGCGGCCCCCCCGGACCCCCCCCAGAACGGCCCGUCCCCAAUGGCAGCGCUCAUGACGGUCACGGACACGCUGGGGAACUCCUACUCCCCCGGCAAAGACAGAGACCUGGUCCACUCCACCACCCCGUCCUCCAGACUCAGCAGCAGCAGCAGCCCCAUGUCCCCCCCAUCCGUGUCCAGGGCCUCCUGUAGUGGAGAUCUGGACCAGAGUGUCCCCGACCCCCCCCUGGCUAACAGUGGGCCUCUGUGCUGCACCAUCUGCCACGAACGCCUGGAAGACACCCACUUCGUCCAGUGUCCCUCGGUCCCCCACCACAAGUUCUGCUUCCCCUGCUCCAGAGAGAGUAUCAAGGCCCAGGGGGGGUCCGGGGAGGUGUACUGCCCCAGUGGGGAGAAGUGCCCCCUGCUGGGCUCCAACGUGCCCUGGGCAUUCAUGCAGGGGGAGAUAGCCACCAUCCUGGCUGGAGAUGUGAAGGUGAAGAAGGAGAGGGACCCCUGAGUGGGAUGGGACGCUCUUAACGCUCCCUUCCACUCAAAAAAACUUAUAUCGUACCCCCCCCCUGCGCUACUGAGCCUCAAAACCGAACCUUUUCUGUCAUUCCAAUGAGAUUUUUGGUCCGGAAAUCAAUUUUUGUUCACAUUUGUACAAUGAAAAUCAUAUUUAAGUAUUUCAGAAGUUUUUCAUGGAGCUUCCUCUCUGAUAUAAUUCAAUAGUUGUAAUUAUUUUUUAUAAGUUAUAAACUCUUGUUUGAUUUGUACUCAGAAAUGGGGAAUUUCUGAAUUUCUAGACGGACAAUUCAACUGGAACCUCAUGUACUCCAAUCAGCACGGCUGCUGUAUACCCACCCGGCUACUUUUACUGUUUAUAAUGGUUCAGCUUUCUUUUGUUCAUAUUGCACGUAGUACUGCUCACUUCCUGCCAGUGGGAGCUGUGCUGUUUGUGUGUGAUAAACACGGCGUAAACCGCACUUAUGAAUAGUAACUGCAACAGAGUUCCAAACUGUGAUUCCUGAGGUAAAUGUAUAGGAAUGUAGUAGAGCUUGAUUAGGGACUCACUGAUCCUGCUUCUUCAGGCCCAGUUCUAGUCUCAGACUUUACACGCCAGUACCACCAACAAGUGGAAAAGACUGAAGGCUUCAGUGAAACGUGGAUAGAAACAUGCUGAAGUUGAUGUAUUUAUUAUUAACCCUUGCAUUAACGGUUAGGGAAGCCCUCUGAGGGAACCGGGGGCCUUCACUCUGGCUUAGCCCGUUGGAUCCGGGCCUAAGCGCCUUGAAAGGGUUAAAAUACAGUGUGAAGAAAAAGUGUAAACUUCUUGAAAUUAGUUUUCUACAUUGUUUUGCCAUAAAAUGUGAGCUGAUCUUCACUGUUAAGCUUUCUGAGAAGAGAACCGUAGUCCAUCUGUGAAAGACGGUGGGGGCAGUAUCAUGGUUCCCUUCAGAGGGACGAUAUUCAUAUUGUUUGUGUUAUCAGUUCAAGCACAAAUAUUUUAGUCUUUUAUUGUACGAUAAAGACCAGGUCACAUUUUAUAGCAAAUUAAUGCAGAAGAUCAGCUAAUUCCCAGGGGUUCACAUAGUUUUCUUGCUGCUGGGGCACGCAUGGAUCUGCCCCAUCCUGAUAUUGAGAUUAUAUAGAUCCGUUAUAUAAUAUCAGCAUCAGGCUGGGUACGGAUUCAUAUUUCACUUCUUUCAGAAGUGCUUCUAAAUAAUCUUUUCUAAAGACUGAUGAAAAUUUCAGAUUUUUUUUUUUCUUUUAAGAUAUUUUUUAGGUUUGAUCCGUUUUUUGGGGGGGAAAAAGAAGCUUUUAAGCCAAAAUGUAGGUUAUCUAAAUACAUCUUUUAAUGUUUUCCUCUUCAAACAAGGACAUUGGGCUCUCUGUCCUGACAUCCUGUGUUUUUACAGUGUUAGUCAUUUACUAGCGUGAAGGACCUGGACCUCCUCCACUGUUACAGCUGUGUGUAGCGUGUGGUGGAAACGUAACAGUGAUGUGGAGAUUUAAUGUAUUACAUGUGUGAACUAACUUGUGUGUGUCAAACAGUAGACCUUACGUUGAAGGGGAGGGUGAGUCUGGUGGAUCGUGGUUCCUCCAGGGUCUGAAGAAUCUGGAGCGCUGCUCUAAUCUCUGAACAUGUUGGUUAGCACAGUAGCUGUUCAGACAGCUGUUGAACAGCUGAGGAAUGAAAAGGGUAAAUUAUAGCAGAUUUUUACUCAGUGUUGUUUCUGAAUGGGUUCAUAUGGAAAUGGAACCGUCCUGUGAAAGAAUAAAAGAUUCAGAUCAAAUGUAAUUUAUGAACAUUUUAAGUGAUAAUUUUAGCAUAUAUCCCAAAUGAAACCGAAAUGCAGAACACUGAGUUUUUUUUUCUGCUAGUGAAGAGACGUUCAUCAGACCAAAACACUACCAUAAAAGAAUAAAUAUCUGCACACCUGGUUUUAAAUGGGGGCUAUUCCUUUGAGAGGAACGCAUGUCUAUUUAUCAAAUGUUUUAGUGUGUUUGGUGGCGUUGUGUGUCUGGCGGAAAACUGCUAAAUGGAUCUGUGACUCAGUGUUCUGGCUCCACUGCAGACAUGUCGGGUCUCCUGUGUUGUUACCAGCUGGGUUGAAGCUCUGCCUACAUCAUAUGGUUCACAUGGUUCCUGUCUCACAUUGGCGCGCAGAGAGUGUUUCUCCUGCACUGGUACCGGCCCCUGGAAACCAGUCCAGACAGGACUGGUUCUUCAUGUCCAGGAGGAGAACAAUCAGGACGGUCAGGCUAGAUGUUGUGAGGGACGGAGACAAAUCAGAGCAGAUUCCAGACUGAAGGAGCCUAGCCAGCAUUUAUAUUUGGUCAACAUAGGAGCUAAACGGGGCUGCAAAGAGGGUCUGACGCGGGUCCGACUUUGGUCUGACGUGGGGUCCGACGUGGGGAUUGACGUGGGUCUGAUGGGGUGGGUCUGACGCUGGUCUGUCUGCAGUUUAUACAUAUGGAGGAUCUGUAUUUUAGGUGGAUCCCACCUGGUUAAUCUUCUAAUGUGAGCCAGAUGUUACUGAAACUAAACUUUGAGCCUUUCUCUGGACCUGAGUAGCCCACUUUAACCUACAUGGACCGGCCGGGCUGUGAACAUUUGUGUACUUUGUAUCUCCUUCAUCAUUAUCUCAUUUUAAAGAACCAAACUUGUUUCGGUUUGGAGAAAAACAUUGGUGCAUCAUCAUCAUAUUACAAACUGGUGUCUAUAAAGUGUUUUUAUACUCUUCAAAAUAAUUUUUAAAUGGAAGUGUUUAGUCAUUUUGAAUGUUUUUACCUAAAUGUAAAAAAGUUUUUCCUGUGUUAAAACACACUUGGUCUUGCAACGUGCCUUGAGGCUGAGUCUAAUAAACGC